AGGUAUUGGGAGGGCCUAGGUCGGUGUGCAGUGCCCUUCGGUCGGGUUGAACCCAGAGCAAGCCGUGCUUGGUCGCCCGGCGUCCCCAGGCCGCUCCGGAGACUCACGGAAUAGUGGAGGAACCAAUAGAAGACAGUUGCUAGGACUGAAACUGCAGCCUGACCCUGUUGGACCCCACCAGUUCACUGAGCCUGAAUGAUGACUGCUGAGUCAAGGGAAACCACAGGUCUAUCCCCACAGGCUGCACAGGAGAAAGAUGGUAUAGUUAUUGUGAAGGUAGAAGAAGAAGAUGAAGAAGACCACAUGUGGGGGCAGGACUCUAGCCUGCAGGAGACACCACCACCCGACCCAGAGGUAUUCCGCCAACGGUUCAGGCGCUUCUGCUACCAGAACACUUUUGGGCCUCGAGAAGCUUUGAAUCGACUAAAGGAACUUUGUCAUCAGUGGCUCCGACCAGAAGUCAACACCAAGGAACAGAUCUUGGAGCUGUUGGUACUGGAGCAGUUCCUGUCCAUCCUGCCCAAGGAGCUGCAAGUCUGGCUGCAGGAGUACCGGCCUGACAGUGGGGAAGAGGCCGUGACUCUUCUUGAAGACUUGGAACUUGAUCUAUCGGGACAGCAGGUCCCAGGUCAAGUUCAUGGGCCUGAGAUGCUUGCCAGGGGUGUGGUGCCUCUGGAUCCAGUUCAGGAGUCCUCAAGCUUUGACCAUCAUGAAACUUCCCAGUCUCAUUUCAAGCAUUCAUCUAGGAGGCCUCGUCUCUUAUCCCGAGGUUCUGAGAACAGGAAUGGAAACGAGUCAACCUCCAAGGCUGAAGGCAAAGAAGGUUCCACCUCACACGGGGAGAUAGCAGGAAGAUUCCAGAAGGAAUUUGGAGAGAAACGGGAACAGCAGGGCAGAGUAGUCGAAAGGCAACAGAAAAAUCCUGAAGAGAAAACUGGCAAAGAGAAGAAAGAGCCUGGGCCACCUACAGCCAAGGAAAAAAAGCCCAGCACAGGAGAGCGGGGCCCCAGGGAGAAGGGUAAAGGUUUGGGGAGAAGCUUUAGCCUGAGCGCAAACUUUAAUAACACCCCAGAGGAGGCUCCGUCGGGAGCCAAGACUCAUAGAUGCGAUGAGUGUGGGAAAUGUUUCACAAGAAGCUCAAGCCUUAUCCGCCAUAAAAUCAUCCACACUGGAGAGAAACCCUACGAAUGUAACGAGUGUGGCAAAGCCUUCAGUCUCAAUUCAAACCUUGUCCUUCAUCAGCGAAUCCACACGGGAGAGAAACCUCAUGAAUGUAACGAGUGUGGCAAAGCCUUCAGCCAUAGCUCAAAUCUCAUCCUGCACCAGCGCAUCCACUCUGGAGAGAAGCCCUAUGAAUGUAACGAGUGUGGCAAAGCCUUCAGCCAGAGCUCAGACCUCACAAAGCACCAGAGAAUCCAUACAGGAGAGAAGCCCUAUGAAUGUAGCGAAUGUGGAAAAGCUUUCAACCGAAACUCAUACCUUAUUUUGCAUCGGAGAAUUCACACCCGAGAAAAGCCCUACAAGUGCACUAAGUGUGGCAAGGCCUUCACCCGGAGCUCGACCCUCACACUGCACCAUAGAAUCCAUGCCAGAGAGAGAGCGUCAGAAUACAGUCCAGCCUCUCUGGAUGCCUUUGGAGCAUUCCUGAAAAGUUGUGUGUAAAGCAGGAGUGUAUCAUCAAGCCAUUUCCCCCCUUUUGUUUCUGGAAUUAUGUCAGACCUAUGUACCCAUCGAGGGAAAAGUAAUAGCACCAUCAAAUUGUUUGAGAAGUCACACUUCGGGAUCCCUAACAGUUAUAUCAACCAUGUCCUGCCGUCAGGAAGUCUGUAGGCAUGCAAUUCUUAAAGUCCUUGUAAGGGAAAGCUGGCCGUGUGGAUAUUCUUGCACUCAAGAUAAAAGCAUGCACAGUAAACUGUCAAGCUUUCUAGUCGUGGGUAUACCUUUAAGGUUUGCUUCCCAGCAACCACACCAUAUAGUUGAGUCAAGAUCAGCUCUGUGAAUAUUAUACUGGUUAAGCCACUUGCUGCAAACAAACCCUAAUUAGACAUCAUGUACUUCACAACAAAGAGAGAUAGUUCAUGCAAAAACUACACUGGGACAUGCUGCUUGAGCAAGCUGUAUAUCCAGAGAGUUCUAUAUCUGAUCACUGGUAGCCUGCCAAAGCUAUAGAAAUCUAGGACUGUGUUGGUCAGAAUCAAACCAAAGAUUUCUAUCUCUUUCUGAAAGAGGGCAUAUGCACCAGUUUAUAGUUCCAAGGACUGUAACAAAUGUGGAUGGGCCUGCCCCCAUCAGUGAGAUCAGUCCUACUGAAAUAGCACCAAUUCCGGAUGCUUCUCUUCCUCUUCAACAUCCCUAAAGCACUCGAACGCCUAAAUGCACUCUCCACAAAUUAGCACUUGAUUGUAUACCGUCUUUUAAUCCUCCAUCCUUCAGUGUUGGAAGCUUUUAUCAAAUCACCACUCCCCCAAAAAGAUGCUUCAGUUGUCAAGAAAUAUAGUUAUGUUCCAGACAGCACAGCACUGGAUGUAGUACUAAAUACCCCAAGGCACUCCUUAGGACGGACUUCUAACAGCACUGUCAUAUUUGUGGUAGGGUCUGUGAAUCAUGUGAGUACCUGAACUAUGGUACCUUCAGACCUAUAGGACAUGCUAUAAUGUAUUCUGGGCUCAAUGUUAUUUUCUCCUAAGUAUAAACAAAGGUUGGUCAGCUACCUGCAGAGACUGCAAAUAUGGAUCAGUAAGUAAAUACCACAGAGUGUCAGAAAGGAUUCUUGUCAUCCACGUACAGAAGACAACUAUGAACACUAUGAAGUUUCUGUUUGUGUGACAUCAUUCCACAGCAAAGCUCUUGUUCUUGGCCAGAGUUCUUUUCAGUGAGCUGCUGAAUGGUGGCGUUUUGAGCACUUGCUGAGUUGUUCAUCACUUAGCCAAUCCUGUUCAAAAGAUGUGAAGGGUUUUUGUUGUUCUUUUGUUUGAUUUUUUUUAAAGUGGUUUUUUUUUUAAUUUGUUUUAUUUAUUUCUCAGAGAAAGGGAAAGCUAAAGGGAGCAUUUUUCCCCUCACAUUUAACCAGAAACUUGUAGAAGCAUCUGUCAUCAUUAGCCAGCAGUAACUUAAGAUGUCCUGUUGCUCUGAGAAGUUCACCUCCACACCGGUGUGGUUGGCUGUGUCAUUGUUUUUAAUAACACACAGUGUCUUUUCUAUUUCUCAUGAAAGACUAAAGUGAGGAAGUGAGGUUAGGGGACUUUAGCCUUUCCUGUCAUCUCUGCAGGUGGCUUCCCAGAAGCUCUUGAUGGAGACAUAACACAUACAGGAGACCCCAAGUAUCAAGCUAUGUAGGUAUUGGGAUCUUGAACAGACAGCUUUAUUUAAGGAAGCAUUGAGAUAGUGUGGAAAGCCCUACAGAACCCUAGAAACAUAAACUAAAGACAAACUUGAAGACUGUUGACAUGGACACCCCAAAUAUGGUUGAGAUUUCCCCUCAAGAAACAACUAAAAUCAUCUUGCACCAGUUGUUCGCUGGUGACCAGCAGCAAAAGUCGGUGAGACACAAUAGCAGCAGGUCUCAUGAGGUUGGUACCUGUGACCUCUGUUCCAAGUCAGACUAGAAUCCUACAAGCAAUCACUGGUUCUUGUUUGACUUUAUUUCUUAGACCAAUCCUACAUCUCUGGCGGCAUCUGAGCUGUUUGCUUAGUGCUGCCAGUGAGUAUACUAUCCAUCUAGCUGAAGAUCAGCAGAGCUACUCUGAAGAUUGCCCCUGACUCACUUUCUGGAGUGAGGUGGAGAUUGAGAGAUGCUUUUUAAGGUUCUCUUAAAGGAUUCAGUCAUAUUAAUGGUGGACUUUUGUGUCAGAGCUCUGGCCUGUUUGGUUUUUUGUUUUGUUUUGUGUUGAUUUUUUUUUUUUUUAAAGCAACUGAAAUAAGGUACAGGACUCCAGGAGCACAUCGAGACACUGGCUUUGAUCCCAAGAAAGGACUUUGGUCACUUCCCUGUUGGCUGCUUAUACACAGACAAUUAACCACAUGCUGAUGCACUUCAGCCAUUAUUCUUUGUUCUUAAGUGAAAUUAAGACAGACCUGGUGCCGGGCAUGGUGGCGCAUGCCUUUAAUCCCGCACUUGGGAGGCAGAGGCAGGCGGAUUUCUGAGUUCAA